AUGGAGUCCUGCAAGUUUCUUCGGCUUCGAGCCCUCCGGGCUGUGAGACAGUCGAUGAAACUGCAAAUGGUGGGGCAGUCUGCUAUACAGAGAAAUUACCACACUAGGAAAGGAGGGGAUGAUGCAGCUGAUAAAGUGAGAUCCGUGGUUGAUGAUGACGCGUUAUUAGAAUCAAUGGAGAAGGAGGAUCAAAUGGGAAGCAAAAAUGUAUCUGGUUCUGCAUCUAGCGAUCCACGGUAUUGGAGAAGACAGUAUAAUAAGAAUCUCACCAAAGUGGAAGAAGGAUUGGAUCAGAAGAUCGCAGAUCGGUUCCAGUUAAGUUUGCCUAAGGUAGAAAGUUAUAAUGAUGAGCUCAAGAAGGAUCCAUUGCAACGACUGAAGGUUAAUCCAACCAGUCUAAGGCUUACAUUAUCAGAUCUUAUACCAGAGAUGUCCUUAGUAAAGGCUGUUCGGUCUCAUUUGGCAAGUGAUCAACCAUCUGAAUUUCAGCAGAGAUUUUGGUCAUUAAUGACAGGUAAUUUGAGUACCAUAGGAAAGGGAGAUCAGGGGAGUGGGCGAACCACUGCGGUGAUUGUUUCUGCUUUGGCUUUGAAGAGGAACCCCAACAGGGGACAAGGAAUUAACAGCUUGAUUUUAGUGAAAUCUACUGAUCUGGUAAUUCAGUAUGAAAGGACUAUUAAAGAGAUCAUUUCACAUUUAAAAAGUGCUCAAGGCGCCAAUUCAAGCCAAAGAGUGGCUCAAUUUCUCUAUCGAUCGGAUGCGGAAGACGAGUUGCGUCAACAGACGAUUGUUGCUCACACUCCAGAGCCUCAUAUCUUGGUUUCUACGCCUCAAAGAUUAUUAGAUCUCUUGUCGUCCAGAGGAAUGGAUUUUUUGAAAAUAAACAACUUGUCUGCCAUAUUUGUGGACGAUUUUGAUACCAUGAUAGAUAGUGACGAAUACCUGGAGAGCAAGAAGAAAGCGCCUAUAGUGCAGCUACUGGACUAUGUAAUGAAGUUACAGGAUUAUAGGAGACAGCACAAUGAACCUCAUCCGCAGCUAAUCUUUACAGUAUCAAAUGGUACUACAAGCUCUUUGAUAGAGCAGAUUAAAGAAAAAACUAAGUGGUUUGAUUGGGCUAGAUUUGCUCCAUUGGGUACUUUCGAUAGCGACACGAAUAUACCAUCUAGAAAGGCGGUUCCAACAAAUGUGGCCAUUAGCUCGGUGCUUGUGCGCCCCUAUAUGAGCGAUAAGAAGAAAUCUGCAGAGAAAUUCAAAGUGAAGGUGUAUGACAUGGUUCCGUUUGAAUACGGAUCGGAUAUUUCCAACUGGUUGGACAAGCUCUAUAGAUCGCUAGAAGGAAAUGAUAUGGUGUAUAGAAAGCAAAGGAACAGAAAGAAGAAUCGGAUGUCGAAAGAUGUGAAGAAGCUUGCGUUAGAUGUUUUAGUGGGUGGAUUUGUGAAGUUGACGAAGAAGAAGGGGUGUUCAUGGUUGAAACAGGAGAAGAUUUUGAUGGUGUACUCCGAUGAGAUUGCUGAUAGUUAUAUAAAGAAGCUUCUAGAGAAGUCUCACAAAGCAGUGAGAGUGUUCGAUGCUAAGGAGGACGCUGACUUUUUCAUGAAAUCCGAAGGUCCGCAGAUUCUUCUUGUUAACACCAGUGCAUUGACAGGGUUGACUUUUAAAGGCUUGAAGAAUAUUGUUCUGUUAGGCAUUGAUACCAUUAAGAACCUUCAAGGUUUUGUGAGUGCAGCUGGAAGACUAAGAGGAGCUUCACGGUCUGGCCUCGUUCUUGAGAAGUAUUAUACUUCGUUUGGUGAACCUAUUCGGCCCGACAUAGAUAUUCAAAAACGUAUUUUUUUGGUCAACUCUGAAUUCGACUUCGAGGAUAUUGAGAGGAACUUUCUAGAGAGGGUGUUGAUCAAGGCGGGAUUGGUGAGACAGUUCUCAUCGGUUGGAGUACUGGAGCCAGAUUUUGAUAAGAAGAAAUACAAUGCUAAAUUUGUCUCUGAUUACGGUUUCUUCUCCAGCGACAAAUGA